AUGUCAGUUACACCUGGACGGGAACGGGUUUUAGAUUUUGUCUACCCCCUUUACCUUGCUUACACAGCUGUGGUGUUCAGAUUGCCUGAUGCAAACAAAAGUAAAUGGAGAAAACUGGUCGCGCCCUUUAAAUGGCAGGUUUAUGUCUGUAUUGCUGCCUCUUUUUGUGGUGUUAUCCUGUUACUAUAUACUACAGAACGCCUAAAUCCUUUCUAUAAGAGAACUAAGCGACCCAGAUCUACCUUUCAGGGGCUUGUCUUAUACUUAUUUGGUGCACUGAUAAACCAAGGUGGCACCGGAAUGCCUUCGUCCAUGUCCGGGAGAUCAAUGUUGGCAGCUUGGUGGUUGAUUUGCUCAAUAUUAGUAGCCACCUACAGUGGUAAUCUGAUAGCAUUCCUAACAGUAUCCAAGGAGAAGCUACCAUUUGAAACACUAAAUGAUCUGGCAUCCCAAAAAGAUUAUAAAUGGGGAACGCUUGGUGGUAGUUCGUGGAUUACGUUGUUUAAAAAUUCCAACUUAACCAUUUACCAAAAAAUAUGGAAAGGUAUUCAAGAAUUUAACAAAACCGACACUGGCGUCUUGAAUUACGACCAAGAAUAUCAUCUUAAUAAAGUAAUUUCUGAAGAUUAUGGAUUUAUCGCCGACAAGAUAACAGCCGAAACCAGAUCCUCCAAAUCCUGUAAACUAACGAUCUUAAAAGAACUGUUCCAUCCGAUGGGCUAUGCUUUUGCCUUACAGAACAAUUCGCCAUAUUUGCAAUAUUUUGACGAUGAAAUCAGGAAAAUACUGGAAAGUGGAGUCGCCCAAAUAUUAAAACGGCCCUGGUGGCCUAAACAAGGUACCUGUCCAGACUUGCCAACCACAUCUCAGAUAGAACUAGUCGACAUUCAGAGCGCGUUCUAUGUUAUUGUGAUAGGAAUCAGUAUUGCAUGUUUGACAAUUCUUAUUGAAGGAUGUUUCACUAAAAAUGACCGUGUUGUUAGUUUACGUUACAGAUAUGUGAGAAAGAAAACCGGGGUUUAACGUCCACUCGACAUAAACUAGGUCAUUUCGGGACUUAACAAUAGUUCAAUUUUAUUUCAAUAAUUCGCUUCUGCGUAAGUGUCUGUAGCAGUGGAAAGAAACCGAAGUACCCGAAGAAAACACACGUGGUUGGAGUUACAGUUGUCUACGUUAGGUGUUCCACCAAUGUGGUGAAUAAUAUGGACCUUUUUUACUGGUGUUCCACAGAGAUCGGUACUAGGCCCUCUUUUAUUCUUUAUAUGCAUGAAUGAA